AACCUGUAAGCCUAGACCCAAAAUAUCAAGCAGAAGUCCAGUGACCAGUUACGGCACACAGAAACUCUGAAGAAAAACAUCUCUGUCCGUCUGUCUGUUUUUUGGAGUUUGAGUGUGAUGUGGAGGGUUCUGUCCUAACUAACUUUCUUGGUCUUUUCUUUCAAUGUUAUUUCAUAUGGUGGAUGGUUAAUGCACUAUUUGUUUUAGCGGUAUCCACAGAUUGUUUUUCAAAGUUAGGGUGGAAGAGGACAGAGUAAGUUUCCUGGGGUUUAGAAGGUGUGGUGUGCACGAUGGCUUCUCAGCCUAGCGCGGAGGAGACGCUGUCGAUACGGCAUGGAUUCAGCUGUGUUCCUGAGAAUGUUAAAGUGGAGGAGGUUUUGCUUGCAGUCGGUGAACAGGCAUCAUUUUCAGGAAGACAGAGUUGCCCCUUGAAUCCCUUCAGUUCAUCUGUCUGCCACUGACUAAUGUACUAAAUACUAUGAUCAUACGUGGUAUCGACAAGUGCUGUGAAUUUUUAUUCACACAGUUCAAAGACUGCAAACUUUCAAGCCAGCAUGGAAUUCCAGGCAUCAUUUUCAGGAAGAAAGAGAAGUUGCCCCUUGAAUCCCUUCAGUUCAUCUGUCUGCCACUGACUAAUGUACUAAAUACUAUGAUCAUACGUGAUAUCGACAAGUGCUGUGAAUUUUUAUUCACACGGUUCAAAGGCUGCAAACUUUCAUGCCAGCAUGGAAUUCCAGACUGCACCAUCAACAUCAUGCCAAAUUGUGAAAUCUGCAAAAAAAUGUGUCUAAAGAAUUGUGUGGAUCAAUGGAUGCAAGAUCUAUGUCAGAACAGCACUUGUAUAACUAAAAAUAACAUCACAACCAUCACCAAUGAAACGCUUUUACCAAGUGUGAAAACAUGUGAUUGUGAAGGCAUUGAAAAGACAUUUAACAAGAAUGACCUAACCUCUGUCGAUGACUUGAACAGAAAUUGUAAAGGAAAGGAAGAAACAGUAUACCAUUGCGAGAAGUUGCAUUCCAUAAAAAACACAUUUCAACAAAUUACCAAGCAGGGACCUCAGAAAGUGAUCCUAGACAGCAUCAAAGGCUCAGUGACAUCACAUCAGAAGAACAAUUUGCUAAACUUUAGAAUGGCUCUACCCUCCACCAAUAAUGCCACGUUGGAGGAGAUGGAUGACAUUUGGUUGGAGAUUCCUACUGAGGCCUUACGUGUUUUCCUGGGAGACACGGCAGAGGAAGUUAACCUGGGAGUAUUUUGGUUUGAGCAUCACAGCAUGUUCCCGGUGGAGGAGAACAACACUGAGCUCCUAAACAGUCGAGUGGUAUCCGUCGAUGUGGGAGAGGAAAUCUCAGGCCUCAGUAACUAUCUUAAGAUCACUUUCCUCUUCCAGAAUGCAUCAUUGGAAAACAAAUCACUAGCAUGUGUGUUCUGGGAUCUUGAAAAUGAUACGGUUGCACAUUGGAAUUCCUCUGGAUGUGUCACUGAGACAAAGGAAAGUGAAACAGUGUGCUCUUGUAACCACCUUUCAUUCUUCGCUGUACUUAUGUCUCCGGUCAGUGGCUCCAGUGCCAGUCUGAGCUCCUCCUCUGUGUGGUUGCUGACGUUGUUGUCCAGGGUGGGCUGUGGAAUAUCCCUCUGUUUCCUGUGUCUGGCUCUCCUCAUCCACCUCAGAAGGGGAAAAUCUGAUGAUUCCCUGUGCAUCCACAUCCACCUGUGCGUGGCACUGCUGUGCCUCAACCUAACCUUCCUCAUCAACGACAGCCUAGCCUCCCUUGGUGUCCAUGGCCUGUGUGUUGCUACGGCAGCAGCCACCCACUACUCUCUGCUGUGCACCCUCACCUGGUUCUCCCUGGAAGGCUUCCACCUCUAUCUGCUCAUCAUCCGGGUCUUCAACAUUCACGUCAACAGAUACCUCCUCAAACUGGGCCUGGUAGGAUGGGGUGAGUGCAGAAUACCUGGCAUAGUAGUUACCAUAAUUGUUGCUUGUGGCAAAUAUGGAGAAUACAGAAUAUACCAGCAAGACGGUGGUGCUAUUCAAAUGUGCUGGCUGACUGACUCUGCUCUGACCACGGUGUCCUUCUCGUACUUCGUGCUGACAUUCGCGGUGAACAUGCUGUGCUUUGGGUCUGUGACAGUGAAGGUGGUGAGGGCCCACCGUCAGAGUCCUGUCCUGAGGGAGAGAGGUAUGAACAGGGGGACAGUACUCAGUCUGCUGGGUCUGGCCUGGCUCCUGGGGGUCUCCUGGGGGGUCCUGCUCUUCCAGUUUGGCCCCCUGAGGGAGACAGCCUUCUACAUCUUCUGCACCAUCAACUCUCUCCAUGGCCUCUUCCUCUUUCUACGCUAUUGGGCUUUAACUCGGCCAGAGAAGGCAUCUAUCUCCAUGGCAACCACUGUAUCUUCUUGAACUGAGAUGCAUCCAGCUGAGAGGCCAGUCCCUGACUAACACGGUUAAACCUUUUACUACUAAUACCACUGCUUCCAUUUUAUUACAGAAGUACAAUAUUUAGUAUGUUGGUUUAUAACUUUCACUAUAGGCAAACCUAAACAUACAUUAUAAAUCGUAAUUACAAAAUUAAAACUUGUUUCCAGGUUUGCUCGUAAGCUUACUGUGCUCAUAAUACUUUUUUAACUUUUCAAAGUUGUGCUGUUUAUUGCACUUUGUGUGCAUUUUGUUGUAUUUUGUGACCCACUUUCCAUGCAUAUUCAGUUUUGAUGUGUAUAGUCCUAGGCAAACAUCUAUUAGAUUCAAAUGAUUUUCAUCUCUGAAAAUAAUCAAAUACGUUUGGAUACCCAAUCGAUCACUCACCGUCGUACACGAGGGUAAGAUGAUGUGGUCGACUGUGAAUUGGUGCCUUUCUGUGUCUUUGACUGUUAUCAAAAACCCUCAGAAAUAUAUGCCCUUUUUUAGUCCAUCUAACAUUUUGGAGAAUUUGAAUUCCCUUUUGGUUUUUGCAGAAAAGGCGUACAGUAUAUAACCUCCUAGCCUAUGGGCUACCUGAGAGAACAUUAGGCCUACAAGUAGAUAGUACCUUAGCAUAACACCAUAUUUGUAGGGAUAGGAAAUCAAUGUUUAGAAAUGAACAUUUUUAGAUUGUGUAAACCUUUUCUUUGUGUAAAUUGUGUAAAUAAUAAUUCCAUAAGAAUUUGAAAGGGGGAGAUGCCUCACAAGCCUCUGGGGUUUUCUACCUCUUCUGCACAUGCUCCUUUUGUUUUCCUUUUACUUUGUGAUCAUAUUGUUUUGAAUUUUCUUGUGUGCCAUUUAAAAAGGAAAUAGAUUUCCUAGAGGCCCUACUGUGUCAUUGAUAUUGAGGGGGUUCAACUGAAACCUAUGACUACUUUCUCCCCUCCCAAACAUCGAAAUCAUUAUGUGGAAAUAUACUGCUGCCUUUUGGAAGACGAGGUUCAGUGUGAAAAAGGUUCAGUGUGAACAGAAUUAAAUAAUGAAGAAACCCAACCCGAGCAAAGAGGAGCUACAAUCUCUGAAAAAGCUACAGACAGAACCAACCAUUGCAAUUCGACAGGCGAAUCUCGUACACAAUUGAUUGUUUCUGAAUUCAAAAGGCAAUUGUCAGACCAACACUUCUACAUGCCACUGCCCUCUGACCCCAUUUCCACCUACAAUGAACAGAUCAAAGAGACAUUGUUUGAAGGAGUCAAUCAUAACAUCGUAGAUGAAGAGCAUUUUUGUAUGUCCCACACACCUGCACCCCCCCUAUACUACAUGGUGCCUAAGCGACAUUAGAAUCUGGACGACCCUCCGGGAAGACACAUUGUGUCAGGGAUUUGGAGCAGAACUGAGAACAUCUCACUUUGUCAACCAUCACCUGAAACAUGUUUUUUUCUUAACUCAGACUGGUGACUGUACAACUCUUGACUGACAUUGAUACCAGAAUAGGUUUUCUUAGUCUUUUUUUGACAUUCAAUCUUUGUACACAGUCAUUCAUGGUUAACUAGGAACAGAAUUUGAGCUAAUGUGUCAACUUUUUAAAACUCUUGCUGAGUAAAAUUACAAAUUCAUGUUUGGCUUGGAAAGGCAACACUGUAAAAAAAAGCCAAAUUAAAGGUGAAGUUAUUUUUCUUUCAACCAUAGUUUAUAAUGUAAAUGGAGUGUUAUAGAAGGAAAGGGUCCAGACAAUUUUUUUUGAGAUUUCACAUGUUUUUGAGAAACGUAGGGACAGAUAUGCAAUCGGGUUACUAGCAAUCAUACCACACAUUAAAUCAUUAAAAUCUGCCGAAUUUUCAAUAUAAAUCCUGAAGAUAGGCAGCGGAGAGGUCAUUACGUAAGAACAGUAAAGACACGCAGCUCAAAAGGCUCCCCUUUGUUUAGGGAUAAUACAAAUAUCCUAAAACAUUCCAUUUGGAUAAGUUGUGGGUCUACUCUGGACAUUAUAGAACGGUACUGUAGCAGGCCAGUGUGUAUUUGUACAUCCUGAAUUCAAAAUGUAUUAUGUAUUAAAUAUGAAAAACAUUCACCCAUCUACACACAAUACCAAAUAACGACAGAGUAAAAAAUGUUUUUAGAACAUUUUGCAAAUGUUUUAAAUUAAAUACAGAAAUAUCUCAUUUACACAGGUGUGCAACAUUGCUACACAAUCUAAUUCUAGCAGUCUCUAAGGAACAGAUGGCCACAGUCAUCUAGCUACAGUAGGUAAGAGAUCAAACAAACAUAUUGAUAAGACUGAACUAGAUCAAAGGUAAUUCAAUAAUCAAGACUGCGUUGUACCUUUAACCAAAAACCUAACAAAUGAACAACUCUCAACCCUCCUGCUGUGUUCCGGUCGAAUUGGAUUCAUUUGCAAGUUUUCUCUCUGAAAAAUGUAGUUCAUUUCAUCUGAUUGUCAUAAGUUUCCAGGACUUUGUCCACGCAGGGCAUCUGAACACACAAAAUGCAUUUGGAUGAUUUUCAUAACAUUUUGAGUGUUUUAUUAUCUUUACACCUGUGGUGUUCCUGGUAAAAAAUGACCGGUUAUUAGAAAUGAAUGGGUGAGACUACAAUUAGCGUAUAAAAUUGAGUUCAGGCACAUGCCCAUUCAUCAGAUGGACACACUUCCUCUCCCAGACCCCCACAUGCAAUUGUGCUUGAGCACACACACACACACACACAUACACCUCACUCCCCUUCUUGGCUUCCAUGGCAACCCCCACAGGAACCUUUCCCCAGUAGAAUCUUUCUGCCACGGGAACAACACCUGUUGGCAUUCUCACAAACAAUCACAACAUUGUUUCAAUAAUAUAUAGAUCUUUUCUCGCAGCUCUGGUAUAUAAUAAAGCCUUUUUGAGGCCUUGCUCACAAUUCAUUCUGUGGCAUCACAAUGACCAAAUGAUAUACUAUAUGUGAGGCUCUUGAUCAUAGCUUUGAUCAUGACACUGGUGAGGAGGAGAGUGUCCUUGUUAAGCUUUGACACAAGCAGUCUGUGAUAAAUAGCACAAUAUAUUUCAUCUGAUUAUUUGUUAUAGUCAAAAUAAUCCACACAUUAUGCUUUUUUUUUUAAUAACUAAAAAUGAGUUGUAUGAGCUCAGGUCAAUGAGGCCUACAGGCCAUAAAUAGCAAAUAGAAGUUCACAAGAACUUAAGUUGAUAAAAGAUCUAACACAACAUUGGGUGAUUCAUACAUGUAUUAUCAGUGAUUUUAUAAUCAGCUAUAAUGGGGCAGUCAGUUUGAACCAGGAACACAAAAUUAAUGAACAUGAAACAAACACAACAGGAGGGUUAAGACAUCCUCUAUUUCAAAUUUCAGUCAGACCACCCAGCCAGCCUGAGCCGCCUGCACGCCCGACCCACACCAGUCUAGUCAAUAACUAAACUCUUGCCACAACACAAUUUCCUUCCCACCUUUUUUUCCCCCAGGGAAAGUUUUGGAAACAAAAGUAAAAAAUACAUUUGUAAAACUAUUUUUGUCAUACUGUAUUCCACAUAAGGCAUUCAGACCUAAUGAAAGUUUCCCAGUAUACCUUAAUUUUGGAAUAAAACAAAUCCAGUGAUACGUGACUUGACAUUCCUGCCAUCCAUUGUGACAUUCUGGGAGGAUAAGCAACCUUCCAAUUAUUGGCAAUGCAUUUCUAGGCAGCUAUAAAUGCUAGUUUACACAGUUUCUUCUGAUAACAGUCUCCAGUAUCAACAUUUCAGCACAAAUGAAAACAGGGAGAAGGGAGAAUCUGUAGACAUGCUGAGAUAAAAGAACAUCCUCCUUGCCAGAAUUCAGCCAACCUUCAGCCAACCUUCACAAUACCAUAACAUAUACAAAUAGAAGGAGCUCAAAAAGUAUUGGGACAGAGACCAUUUUUGUUUUUUUGGCUCUAAUCCAGCACUUUUGAAAUUAUACAAUCACCAUGAGGUUAAAGUGCAGACUGUCAGCUAUAAUUUGAGGCUAUUUUCAUCCGUUUCGGGUUUAUAAAUUACAGCACUUUUGUACAUAGUCCCCUUAUUUCAUAGGACCAACAAUAUUGGGAAAUGCACUUAUGACCAAAUAAUAUUGGGAAAUGUCACUACAUGACCAAAAGUAUGUGGACACCUGCUCAUCGAAUAUCUCAUUUCAGAAUCAUGGGUAUUAAUAUGGAGUUGGUUGCCCCUUUGCUGCUAUAACAGCCUCCACUCUUCUGAGAAGGAUUUCCACUAGAUAUUGGAACAUUGCUGCAGGGACUUGUUCCCAUUCAGCCACAAGAACAUUAGUGAGGUUGAGCACUGAUGUUGGGUGAAUAGGCCUGGUUCGCAUUUGGCGUUCCAAAUCAUCCCAAAAGUGUUCGAUGAUGUUGAGAUCAGGGCUCUGUACAGGCCAGUCAAGUUCUUCCACACCGAUCUCAACAAACCAUUUCUAUAUGGACCUCACUUUGUGCACAGGGGCAUUGUCAUGCUGAAACAGGAAAGGGCCUUCCCCAAACGUUUGCCACAAAGUCGGAGUCACAGAUUUAUCAAGAAUGUCAUUGUAUUCUGUAGUGUUAAGCUUUCCCUUCACUGGAAUUAAGUGGCCUGGUCCAAACCAUGAAUAACAGCCCCAGACAAUUAUUCCUCCUCCACCAAACUUUACAGUUGGCACUAUGCAUUCGGGCAGGUAGCGUUCUCCAGGCAUCCGCCAAACCCUGAUUCGUCCGUCGGACUGCCAGAUGAUAAAGCCUGAUUCAUCACUCCAGUGAACACGUUUCAAUUGCUCCAGAGUCCAAGGAGGCAAACUUUACACCACUCCUGGCGACGCUUGGCAUUGCACAUGGUUGUCUUAGGCUUGUGUGUGGCUGGUUGGCCAUGGAAACCCAUUUCAUGAAGCUCCUGACAAACAGUUAUUGAGCUGAUGGUGCUCCCAGAGGCAGUUUGGAACACAGGAGUGAGUGUUGCAACCGAGCACUGCACUCGACUGUCCCGUUCUGUGAGCUUCCGUGGCCUACCACUUCACAGCUGAGCCGUUGUUGCUCCUAGACAUUUCCACUUCACAAUAACAGCUCUAGCAGGGUAGAAAUUUGACGAAUUUACUUGUUGGAAAGGUGGUGUCCUAUGAUGGUGCCACUUUGAAAGUAACUGAGCUUUUCAGUAAGGUCAUUCUAUGCCAAUGUUUGUCUAUGGAGAUUACAUGGCUGUGUGCUUGAUUUUAUACACCUGUCAGCAACAGGUGUGGCUGAAAUAGCCGAAUCAUUUGAAGGGGUAUCCACAUACUUUUACAUAUAUAUAGUGUACCUUAAACCGAUGAAAGCUGAAGAGAUCCAGAGACCCUUCCAGCUCAGGGCCGUAACUACGCUUAAAAAAACCAUAAACGUACUUUCUAAAUUGUUGGUCCCAUGUUUUAUGAGCUGAAAUAAAACUCCUAGACAUUUUACAUUGGCAGGAAAUGCUUAUUUCUGUUAGUGAGCAUUUCUCUUUUGCUAAAAUAAUCCAUCCACCUGAUACCUGUCCAUAUCAACAAGCUGAUUAAACAGCAUGAUCAUUACACAGGUGCACCUUGUGCUGGGGACAAUAAAAGGCCACUUUAAAACGUGCAGUGUGUUCAUUUCUCUACCAUAAGACGCCUCCAAUGUUGUGUUAGAGAAUUUGUCAGUACGUCCCAACCGGCCUCACAACCGCAGACCACGUGUAACCACGCCAGCCUAGGAACUCCACAUCUGGCUUCUUCACCUGCGGGAUCAUCUGAGACCAUCCACCCGGACAGCUGAUAAAACUGAGGAGUACUUCUAUGUCACGCUCUGGCCAUAGAGAGGUUUUUAUUCUCUAUUUUGGUUAGGCCAGUGUGUGAUUAGGGUGGGCCUUCUAUGUUUUCUAUUUCUUUGUUUUUGGCCGCGUGUGGCUCCCAAUCAGAGGCAGUUGUCUAUCGUUGUCUCUGAUUGGAAAUCAUACUUAGGCAGCCUUUUUCCCACCUGUGUUUUGUAGGGUAGUUUUCUGUUUCGUGUCAUUACCUGACAUAACUGUGUGCUUUUGUUAUCUUAUCUUGUUCGUGUUUUUUUGUAAAUAAAUAAUCAUGAACACUGCGCUUUGGUCCACUCCUUCCGACGACAGGCGUUACAUUCCAUCUGUAAUAAAGCCCUUUUGCUGGGAAAAACUC